UGUCGUAUUACAGAGCCCUUCUGUUUAUAGCGACAUUGCUUUUAAUUUGCAAUCAUGCAUACGCCGCUGCUUUCUCAUCGUCGAUAUUUUCCAACAUAGCAUCACUUGUGUUAGAUGCAUUUGACCUGGGAAAAUGGAUUUAUGAUGCGACGUCGACCAGUGCUACUGAGUCUGCAAAGAAAGAGAUACUUAACAAAAUAGGCAUUUUACAAUCAAGUGUAGAUGAAUUGCAUCAAACUGUUAAGGACUUGUUUUUUCAACUUCAGCUACAACUCGCAUUACAGAAAGUGGAUGACUUUGAUCGGUCAACGACUAACAGACUGCGAGAUGCUCAAAAUAUUAUUUCAGCUAAAUCAACUGAGAAGGCAACUUAUUACGGAUUCUUUGAAAACGGCAUGGAUAAUUACUUAAACGAGCUUUACGACAUCUUACCUUAUGUGAGCAAGAGAUCACUAAGCCUUGAACAAAGUCCACUGGAAAUGAUGAGACAAAAGACAAACUGUGAUAUAACAAAAAUGCAAAAAUUUAGUGCGUUUGUUCACAAUCUUGUCUUGAGCGGGAUUAGUAUUGAGAUAAUACAUAAGAAAAAGAAACUACCAACUAUAACACUGGCUACUGAAAAAGCAUAUUGGGAACAAGAGUUAAAAGCAUUUGAUGCUGCUGUGGCAGUUCAAAAUAGGACGUGUAUAAACAACUUCGAAUCACUGUAUCUCGAGGACAUAAAACAGAUAAACAAAACUCACGGUUCUCUUUUGGCAACACUUGAGAGCAGAUAUCCUGAUAAAUUACAUGUUCUUCUUUGGCUCAAUGGAAAUCAAAUCAAGGUUAGCAAUACCUUAGCGUCGAACUUUAAAUGCGUAGAGCCCACGUCUGGAGUUGCAUGUUAUGCGACUUGCUUCAUCUACUAUAAAAAUGACAUGAGUUGUGACAGAAUGGUUGCUAUUAGAAUACUUAAACUAGGAAGUAAAACCACCUACCAUUGGAUGAGCAAUGGGACGAUGCAGUGGUAUGAUAGCGUUAAAGGAUUACAAUAUUAUCGACCAAGCAAUUGUCCGAUUUGGCAAGCAUCUAUGGCUACCGUCGCCAGUCCAUCAUCGAAACAAAUGGUUUAUGUGAAAUGUGGAUCCAGCAAGAGUAGUUGCGACAAGCUUAUCGCCUUUCUUGCACUGAUGGUCGUUGCCUUGGAAGGUUAA